AUGUGGUUUUUUUCUACAUUAUAUUUUCGACAACCAUUAUUAAUACAUGUAAUAAUUCGUCGGGAUUUAUCAUCAUUCUUUGAUGAUAAUCAAUUAAUAAAAUAUUCAAAACGUUCAACAUCUUGUCAAGUUCUUCCAUUACAUACAUCAUUUGCCGAACUUGAAUGGACGUCAUGGAUUAUUGAACCAAGUGCAUAUGAAAUGAAGAUUUGUUCUGGUAUAUGUCAUGCAAAUGCAAAAAAGUCUUCUUGUUUUACUAUGUAA